GCGAAACUUCUAUUCGCGAAUUUGUCUAAACAAAUUGAAUCAAAAAAACACAUUUUAAUAACUGUCAAAUAUCUCUAAAAACUAAAAUGUAAGGGCUGUUAUUAACACAGAUUCAUUUUUGAACACCUACAAGGUAUACUAGGCAGGUGUUUUCUAACCAGCAGGAGUGACUUACGGCUUCUACUAAUGGGCUUCAGCACCAUUUUUAACUUCCUAAUCCCGAUGUCGGUAGCAAUAGACCCAAACUGCGACUUCGAACAAGAAAUGAAGAUGGGAGUAAAAUAUUACGUGUAUAACCUAGGCUAUCCCGGGCUGUAUGCGCCUUCAAUUUCUUGUCGUUGGAUUGGCAAGAGUCCCGAAGGCACUGUAGUCGUAGUGACGUGUGAAGACAUAGAUGUGCCACUUAGUCAAGCCUGUCAAUUAGACCGUGUCGUCGUUUCUCUUACGGGAGAUCCACAGUUCUAUGAUGGGAUCGGUUACUGUGGGAAAAUUGGCAGAAGUCAUCUCUCCGAGAGCAAUGCCAUAUCCAUUGGUCUCUUUUCCUCCCAAUACACCAUCGGCGGCAAGUUCAUGUGUACCCUCACCGCCAUGCACAAGACCCCCAUCCCUACAACCAGCUCCAGACCCGCCACUUGCAACUGUGGUUGGAGGAAAAAGGUUAAAAUAGUGGGAGGAGAAGACACAGAGGUCAACGAGUUCCCCUCGAUGGCCGCCCUUGUAGACAAGUUCACUUACGACGCCUUCUGUGGAGCCUCCAUAAUUUCGGAAAUGUACUCGCUAACAGCCGCCCAUUGUCUGCUUCGCAAAAAACCCAGCGACUUGGGGUUGUUGGUCGGGGACCACAUCUUGUCUACAGGUAACGACACUGACGCAGCCACUCUCUAUAAAAUAUCGGACUUUAUAAUGCAUCUUGAGUACGAUUCUAACACGCAGGUGAACGAUAUUGCCAUUGUGAAGACUGUGAAGCCUAUCGAGUUUAGUCUCGAGGUGGGACCUGUGUGUUUGCCGUUCAGACACACUUGGAUGGAUUUCUUCGCCGAGACUGUAACUGCUGUGGGUUGGGGCUUCACCGACUUCUCCGGGAACAAAUCCGACACCCUUCAAAAAGUCGAUCUUUCCGUCGUCGCCAACAGCUACUGCGCCAGUGAAUUACCGGACCCAGUGACUGACCAGCAAAUCUGCACGUACGCCCCUGAUAAAGAUGCUUGUUUGAGUGAUUCUGGAGGACCUCUUUUUUGGGAGGACGAAGAGGCUAGGAAACUGAAUCUUGUGGGAAUCAUCUCGUACGGAAUUGGAUGUGCAACCGACAAACCUUCUGUUAACACUAGAGUUACUGCUUACUUGCCUUGGAUACUUUCGGAAACCACGGAUGCUGUUUAUUGCAUUAAAUAGGAAGAAGUGAUUGACUUAAGGGGAUUGUUUUAUGUGAAAAUAAAUUGCUUUGCUUAA